AUGGCGGAACCGACGGGCCUCGUCGCGAAAUCUGGCAUUGAGCUCUUGACCUUUGGAACCCCCAACGGCUGGAAAGUCUCCAUCUUCCUCGAAGAGCUCAAGGAAGCCUACGGCAAGGAGUACACGGUCCAAUCCAUCAACAUCGGCAAAAACACCCAGAAACAGCCGUGGUACACGGCCUUCAACCCCAACGGCCGCAUCCCCACCAUCAUCGACCACGACCGCGGCGGCUUUGCCGUCUUCGAAACUCUCGCCAUUCUGCAGUACCUCGCCCGCCACUACGACCCCGAGCACAAGUUCAGCUUCCCCGUCGACUCGGACGACUAUUCCGUCGCCGAGCAGUGGGUCGCCUGGCAGCACGGCGGGGUGGGGCCCAUGCAAGGCCAAGCGAACCACUUCGUCCUGGCCGCGGCGGAGAAGAUCGCCUACCCGAUCCAGCGGUACGUGGGCGAGACGGAGCGGCUGUACGGCGUGCUGGAGGCGCGGCUCGCCGCCGGGCGCGACUACGUCGCCGGCCCGGGCCGCGGCACGUACAGCAUCGCCGACAUCAGCCUGCUCGGCUGGGUCAACCUGGCGUCCUACCUCGGCAUCGACCUGCCCGGCCGCUUCCCGCACGUGAGCGCCUGGCUGGACCGCCUGCUCGCGCGCCCCGCCGUGCAGCGCGGCCUGGCGGUGCCCGGCGGCGCCCCCAGCCGGCUGGGCAAGCAAAGCGUUGAGCGGGCCCUGCGCGGGGAGGAGGGGCUGGAGGAUGUGAGGGACAAGGUCGAGGCCAACAGGAGGUUGGUGGAGGAGGCGAAGGUGAAGUAUGGAGCAACCACGAUGAAACGGAAACUGGACAAGAACGACGAGCCCUCAGAGGCCGUGUCAGAACCCCCAUCAAAGCCCGGCCAGCCAGAGAAGCAAGAGCCCGCAGAAGCAGAAGCAGCCGAGCCGUCUUUCGCCGACUUGGGCCUCGACCCGCGCCUGGUGCAGGCCGUCGCCAAGCAGAGCUUCGAGAAGCCGACUCUCGUGCAACGGAAGGCCAUUCCAUUAGCUCUGCAGGGCCAGGAUGUGCUGUGCAAGGCCAGGACCGGUUCCGGCAAGACGGCCGCCUACGUGCUCCCCGUCCUGUCCGGCAUCUUGAGGCGCAAAAUCACCGAUCCAACCCCAUGCACCGCCGCCCUGAUCCUCGUCCCGACCCGUGAGCUCGCCGAUCAAAUCUUUAAGGCGAUCGAACAGUUCUCCGCCUUCUGCGCCAAGGACAUCCACGCCGCCCGGCUGACCGAGAACGUCUCCGACGCCGUGCAGCGCUCCCUGCUCGCCAACAUCCCGGACGUCGUCGUCGCGACCCCGGCCCGCGCAUGGCACAGCGUCAACUCGUCGGCCCUCUCGCUCGCCAAGCUGCAGUACCUGGUGCUGGACGAGGCCGACCUGGUGCUGUCAUACGGGUACGACGAGGACAUGGAGAACCUCUCGCGCGCGCUGCCAAAGGGCGUGCAGACCAUCAUGAUGAGCGCCACGCUGUCGACCGAGCUGGAAACGCUGAAGGGGAUGUUCUGCCGGAAUCCGACCCUGCUGGAUCUGAAGGAGGAGUUUGGCGCCGAGGACGAGAAGCUCACGCAGUUUUACGUCAAGUGCGGCGAGGACGACAAGUGGUUGAUUGCGUACCUCAUCUUCAAGCUGCAGCUGAUUAAAGGCCCGUGUCUGAUCUUUGUCGCCGACAUUGAUCGGUCUUACCGGUUGAAGCUCUUCUUUGAACAGUUCAGCAUCAGGAGCUGCAUCCUGAACUCGGAGCUUCCGGUCAACACCCGAAUCAAAAUCAUCGAGGAAUUCAACCGCGGUAUCUACGACAUCAUUAUCGCAUCCGACGAGAAAAGCGAAUUGUUCGGGGAUGAAGCCGCCGGCGAGGGAGGGGACGACAAGAAGGAAUCAAAGAAGAAGUCAAAGGCUAAGGAAGGAGAAGACAAUGUGGAACCACCGAAAAAGCGGCGGAAGAAUAGGAAGGACGAAGAAUACGGGGUAUCCCGAGGCCGCACCGCCCGCGCCGGCCGCGCCGGCAUUGCGCUCUCCUUCGUCGUUCCCAAAGAGCUCUUCGGCAAGCACAAGCCAACAUCCAUCAAAAGCUGCGAGAAGGAUGAGAAGGUGCUGGCCAAGAUCAUAAAGCAGCAGGCCAAGCUCAACAGAAAGUUGGAGCCAUACAACUUCAACAAGUCGCAGAUGGAAGCCUUCAGAUACCGCAUGAACGACGCACUUCGCGCCGUCACCAAAGUGGCUAUCCGAGAGGCGAGAACAAAAGAACUGAGACAAGAACUCUUGAGGAGCGAGACCCUGAAGCGGUACUUCGAGGAGAAUCCCACAGAGCUCGCCCAUCUGAGACACGACGGGGAGCUCGGCAGGAGAACACGGCAGCAGCCUCAUCUCAAGCACGUGCCUGACUACCUGCUUCCCAAGGAGGGGAAAGAGGCGUUGGCAUCCAAGCAGGUCGGUUUCGUGCCGUUCAAGAAGGAGGGGGGCAAGGACAGGAGACACCACAGGAAAGGCAAGCCAAAGGGCCGGUCCUUCAAGGUUGGCGGGAAAAACGACCCGCUGAAGACAUUCAAGGUGCGGCGGAAGGCGAAGUGAGGGACUCGCUUGUCAGUUAUCUGUUGGGUUCCUUAGGGCUACUUCAUUGGUAAAGGCGCACAAUCCAUACCCAAUGUCUCUCUCG